CUUUUUGGCUUGGCUGCAUUGAAGCAGAGCAGAGGAUCACCUCGCCUUCUCUGUUACCGUCGUGUCGUUAACCUUUCCCUUGCCUUACUCUGUGAAUCCCCAUUUCACUGUUUCUGUAUCGCCGAUCACACAGGCUCGCGCACAGAGGAGAGAAAAUGGAGGAAGAGAGAGUGGACUACGUGCUGGUGCCGCUCGGGCUGCUGAUAGUGGGGGCGUACCACGCGUGGCUACUGGUCACCAUCGUUCGGAACCCUAGGCGCACCGUCGUUGGCCUCAACGCCGAGUCUCGCCACCAGUGGGUUCACUCUCUCAUGACCGAUCCCCUGAAGAAUGGUGUUUUGGCAGUCCAGACAAUACGCAACAAUAUUAUGGCAUCAACGCUCUUGGCAACGACGGCAAUCACACUCAGUUCGCUGAUCAGUGUUUUCGUAAGCAGCUCAACCAGCUCUACUGCUGCUUCGCAACUGGUUUAUGGCAACCAGACCGCUAUAAUCACUUCUAUAAAGUACUUUGCUAUACUCGUAUGCUUCCUUGUGGCUUUCCUCUGCAAUGUGCAGUCCAUCAGAUACUACGCUCAUGUCAGUUUCUUGGCCACCUUGCCCACAUCCAAAGGCAAAAAGGAUUCCAUUGAAUACGCCGCCCGGAACUUGAACCGGGGAAGCUUCUUUUGGUCCUUGGGAUUACGGGCAUUCUAUGUGUCGUUUCCUCUCUUCCUCUGGAUCUUCGGGCCGAUACCGAUGUUUGUCUGCUGCGUCAUGAUGUCAUGUGUUCUUUAUUUCUUGGACACAACCACCAGUUUUACACGGGAAAUGCACUGUCACUCGCUGAAAGAGGAGAUAAAGCCUGAUGAUCUGGAGUCAUCUGUUUCAUAAGUGCUGAUGGUAACGGAUAAGUCUGUCGUGAUUGAAUGAUUAUUAGCUUGUUACAUGUGUAUAGUUUCUCUGUAAGGGGUUAAACUCAUGUCGCCUUAUGCGCUUUUGUUGUAAUCUAAUUGGUGGUAGUAAACAUUA